UACGUCUACAUACCAGAAGCUAGUGCAAAGGAGAACCAUGGAAAUAAAGAUGGACAAGAUGGUGAUCAUCGUGUCCGCCGUGGUCGGGUCACUAGGGGCGUUGAGUGCCAUCUUGGGAUUCGCCGCCGAGGGGGAGAACGCUAAUCAUAGCAAUGUUGCGGCCAUCGGUUCUGUAUCUGUCGUAUGGCAGGAGUCACUGAAGAAGCAUGCGCUACGUGAUAGGGGGCACUGCAGGAGCGUUAGAAAUUAUUGUAGUUGUAGAGGAUUCCAAACUGGUUCCAAGGAGAGAUUACAUACUCAGUGUCUUACAAGUGCAUCUACGAAAUACCUGCAGAACCCGAACCCCUCGCCCGGGCUGGGGAUCUGCGCCGCCCUCUUCCUGCUCGUGGCGCAGACCACCGUCUCGGCAGUGGCAGCCGUCGGCUACUGCAAGUUCCGCCCCGUUCUCUCCGAGACCAAGCAGACCAUCAUCAUCGUCUGCGGGGUCGUCUCGUGGAUAGGGACCGUGAUCGCGUCGGUGCUCUUCUUGUUCGGGGCGUCGCAGAACGCCAGCGGGCGUAGCAGCGGCGGCAUGUACGCCGGCGCAGCCGUGCUCACCGUCGCUGCCACGGCGCUCGGCAUCACCUCCUUCAUCAUGCUGAGGAGGCAGCCGGCGGACGCACCCAACAAGCCAGUAGGUCAGCAGCCGCCGCCUUUCGGGAUGGCGACGGACCAACCGCGUUUCCAGCAGGCAGGAGUUGCAGGCGUUUAUGGAUCGCAAGCACCGAAUCAGCAGACCCCUCCAGGGUUUACAAAACCUGUGGGAACUGGUCCGGUUCCGCUCAUCGAAAAAAUCAUCAAAGAUGUCAGCGCCGAGAAUGUUGUCCAAAUAGUGACAGAUCACAAAACAUGUAUUAAUCUUAUGCUCAAGGACAUUGGAGAGUGGCCAGAUCACAAAGCAUGUAUUGAGAGUGCAAAGAGGAUCUGCAGUUGGUUAUACAACUCCAACUCUUUGUACCAUAUGAUGAAAAAAACUAUUGGGGGUGAAUUGGUGAAGUGGAAUGCAACAAGGUUUGGUACAAAUUACAUGUUCCUAGAUCGUGAAGAGGAAGAAUUUAGGAGCGACGACAUAACACCUAUAACACCUGAGCCUAGCGGUGAUGAUGGAGGCCGCGGCUUCGACGGCGACGAUGAUGAUGAGGACGACACUGGAGGGAGUGAUGAUGGUGAUGCUGGAGGGAGUGGUUGGGUUAGAGGGAGUGGUGGUGCUGGAGGGAGUAGUGGUCAGGUGCAGGCCUUGGCGGGGUGGCCGGCCGGAGAAGCUGGUGCCGCCGUCCCUGCAGCAGGUGGCACCCUCGGCGGUGCAGCAGGUGCCCCAGGCAAGGCACGGCUCCAGCUGACGCCAUAG